AUGUCGCCAACGAGCACGGCCUGGCAGCAGACCUCUGGCGCGAUCAACAAAGCUAUCAGUCAGACAGCGCUCCUCUUCUAUGGCUAUGUCAACGUCGCCGCCCGCGUCGAGCUUGCCGAGUCGUUUCCAGCGGCUCAAACGUGCGCAAGCCCGAAAGAUCCCACCAUCGAGGUGCACUGUCGCACCCGACGAGGCCUCCAGUCCCAAGUGACGGGCGUCGUCUCGGCACACCCCCAUCGCCUCGUGUUUCUUGCCAUCGCCACCGCCUACCGCAUCGUGCUGUCGCCGAUCGAUGCCAACCAAUCCGGCUACUGCAAGGUCCUUACGUGGUCGUUCGUGUCCAAAGACGCGGAGCCUUUCUUGUCGACGGCCGAGGUGUACCCGCAGCAAAUCACUGGUUCUACAACGCAGUUCAAGGCUCUCGCUUGGCGACGCUGCCGACAGUCGUGCUCGAUCACGUAG